GGAUCCGCAAGUGAAUGCAGCUUCGUUUCACUACUCGCUGCUCGAUUUGAAGUGCUAAAAGAGCUCAGGCAACGCUUCCCAUUUGUCGAGGAAGGGCUUCUUCUAUCAAAACUGGUCGCAUAUUGCUCCAAAGAGUUUGAUUAUUCCUCUGUUAUGCUUAAAUCCGUCGUUCUGUUCGUAUUCGGUGCUUUAAGAAAAACUUAUUUGGUAUUUGUUGAUGUUUCGAGAGGUGAAACUUAA